AUGCUAGCGACCCCCUGGCUCAAGAUCUCCCAGCCGUUCACCAACCUCUCGGCCAAGGAAAGAGCCCUCCUCGUGCUCCGGCUCGUGGCAACAGGUUGCACCUUGUUCUUGACGCUAGUGGUGUUGAUAGGACCCUUGAUCACCACCAGAAUGUACAUCGGCAGGAUCAACUGUGCUCACUUGGACGUGUCGUACGGACUCUACAAGUCGCUCAGGAACUCGGUGUCGUCGUCUCCCAGCAUCCUUGACAGCGUCGACAACCCACGAUAUCCAACCGACACCACUCUCACCAACUCAGAGAUCUCCAUCCUUACUGAGUACGCCCAAGCCCAGGUGGCCAACGCGCCCCAGUACAUCUUGACGUCGUUGUGGAGCUGGUGCUUUGGCAACUACAACGUCACCGACUACGAGGACGGACACGGUAACAAGAAGUACAAGAUGCACAACCAGGUGUUGCUGUGUUCAAAGUCCAAUAACCGGUUCGUGUUCGACUACCGCCAGGAGUUGGAGCAGGUUGGCUUGAAGAGUAUCUUGGCCUACGCCUUGCACUCCAACGAUGAGGACUCCGAGUACAAGAACGUCAUCCGCUCUCGAGACCUGAAGUACAAGUUGGUGCCCCCAGCGUUGAUCUUCUGUGGUGCCUCCCAGUUCAUCCUCAUCGUGUGCACCAUCAUCACCUACGGGAACAGAGAGGGUGCUAACGAUCUAUCGAAACUCCCUGGGGUGUUGCUCCACUCGCUUGGCUUGAUCGCAGUAGCCUCAUUUGCCUCCAUCACCAUCGGGGCAGGCAUCAUCACCAGGCUCUUAAUCGACAUCCGAAGCGAAAUCAAAUCCAGUUUGGGGUCAUUUGGGGUGUCCUUGCACUUGGGAAAGACCUGGUUCCUGUUGCUCUGGGCUGUCCAGGUGUUUUCUACCCUCGCCUUGCUUUCGUGGGCUGCCCCUCUAUGGUGUGCCAAUCCCGACCACGACGACGAAGAAGACUACGAAGAAAAUUACUACCCCAACAGAAAGACCUACAUUCAUGGAAAACACAGAAAGCACAAUAAAAUUCCUCAGUACCGAGAUUAUACUCCAUUUAAAGAUUUGGAAUCAGAAAUGAUAACUGAGACCACUGAUGAAAAACCAAGCUCUAGCUUGGGGAAAAUGAAAGAAAGCUUGCAUAACAAAAGCAAGAGAUUCAGUGGAUUCAGAAGCAAAAAGGAGGAAGAAUUGAGAAAGUUGGGAGAAACACUUUCUAAAAAGUCAUCAGUAAGAAGAACGAAAUCGAAAACUUCGAAAGUCAAGGUCGAGCCGUUUAUCAUUGAGGAAAAGGAAGCAAAGAAUAUUCUUUACCAGGACAAUGACAAGUAUUUGUACCCUAGAAGGCAACUCCUGAACCACUAUAGAGAGGAAACAUACGAUGGAUACACGAAUACUCACGGAUUACCCACUGGUGUAAAUUCCCACGAGCAAAAACAGAGCCGUCGUCUCCCCAGUGGGUCCAGCGGUGAGCAGGCGGACAAGCGGGACUCGUUCGACCACUCUAUCUUGGACACGGAAGAGAUUGAGUUUUUGAACACCAACAAUUUCAUGAACAAGUUGUGA